AUGGCCGAUCAGCCACCAGCGAUGGAGGGACAGGCGCCUGCCCAGCGCGGCGGCCGUUCCAAUAACACCAACAACAGUAACAAUACAAACACCAAUGGCGGACGUAGCGGCGGCGGUGGUGGAGCUAAGCGAGGCGGAGGCGCGAGUGGAUCGCGUGGCGGCCGUGCAGGCGCAUCGAACGCGGCACCGCGGCAGCCCCGCGAGGAUGGUCAUCGAGCUGCUGGUGCUGCUGCUGCGAAUACUGCUGCUGCUGCUGCUGCUGCUGCGGCGGCGGCGGCGGAUGCGGGCGAGAGUCCCGCUGCUGCGACCGAAGCCGCUCGUUCUGGCGCGAGAUCUCAGUCGGGUCGCCACCGGGGCGGCAAGGGCGGCGCAUCUGCGUCGGCCUCGAGUGAUGUGAAUGGUGCUACUGCUGCUACUCAUACUGCUGCUGGUGCCGAGGCAACUGGUCCAGAGAGCAGCUCGGCGUCGCCAGCCAGCUCGCGUCAGCGUGCGCUGCAGGUUACCUCAUCACAGUCGGCGACACUGCAACCGCACCAUGACGAGGCUGCGCGCUGCGAUGUGUGCUCUGGCGAAAUGGAGUACGCUGCCGUGGGUGCCUGCAACCACCCCGUGUGCCAUGUGUGCUCGGUGCGUCUGCGCGACCUGCUCAGGAAGACGGAUUGCGCAGUCUGCCGAUCCCCAAUCACCGACGUGUAUCUUGUUCCGCGCGGAUUACAGGCGUCGUACGAUGCCCUUGCUGCCGUGCAGUCAGUCGCGUCGGUGGCGUACUCGGGCGAAGCGUUGCAGCGGGUCUUGGUUGCCGUCGUCUCCAGCACCGAGUUGCCCACCAUCUUUGUUAACGAGACGGGCUUCCACUACUCGGAUCGACGAAUUCGGGACUUGUGCCACGCCUUGUUUGCCUUUCUGUGCCCGGCAUGCCCUCGCGUCCGAGAAUUCCCCAAUCUUCAAUCCCUCAAAGCUCACCUCAAGAACGACCACAACGAGCUGGCCUAUUGCGAUAUCUGCGUCAAGUCUCAGGCCAAAUUCAUGGUCGAGCAGCUCGUCUACACACGCUCGCAGCUGCUGGCCCAUCGCAAAAACGGCACGGGCGUGCCAUUCUCGCUGGAGGGACGCGGCAAAGCCGUCCCACCCACGGGUUCCAAGGGCCAUCCUGUCUGCGAGUUUUGCCGAAUCGGCGUUUUUGAUGCAGACGCCCUCUUUGUCCACUUGCGCGAGCGCCAUGAGAACUGCUUUGUCUGCCACGCAGCAGGCGACAAGAACGUGUACUAUGACAACUUUGACGAGCUCGUCAAGCAUUUUGCCGCCUCCCACUACCGAUGCGAUCAUCCCAGCUGCGCAAGCAGAGAGGAACAACUAACCGCCGUGUUUAGCAACGAGAUGGAUUUGCGCGCGCAUAUUGCCGAAAAGCACAUGGCAGACUCGUCGCGCCGCGACCGUCAGCGAGCCAUGGUUGUGUCAGUUUCUGGGCUGCGAGGUCCUCAAGGGCACAGCAAGUCUGCCAGUCGUGCCGGCGACAGCGAUGGUGAUGACGACCAGCCAAGCAGCUUCCAGCUCGGGGUUGAGCAGUUCCCAGCGCUUGGCCCUGCACAGCCCACCCCAGCCGCCGCCGCCGCCGCCGCCGCCGCCGCUCCCGCCACGAAUAUGACACUUGGCUCUGCAGCCAUCUAUUCGCGUGCGACAGCAUUCGGCUCGUCUACCUUGCGCGACGAUCAGCACUUCCCAUCGCUGGGCAGCUCGUCUUCUGCUUCUUCUUCUUCUUCUUCUUCAUUUUCAUCAGGCAAUUUGAUGCAGCAGUCCGCCUUCCCAUCGUUGCCUGCCUCGACGGGCAAAAAGGGCAAGAACAAGGCCGCUGCUCAGCCCGCUGCCGGCUUUGCUCAGGCGCUGCGCAAAAAUCCGACUGCGGUUGCCCCCACGGCCUCGGUUCACACCACUCGCGUGGUGGCCGACCCGCACAGUGACGUGUCAUCGCAAUUCGCCACGCUGUCGGUGAAGGGCAAGACUUCACAAUCGCGUGGAAAGGCUUUCAACCCCUACGAGGACGACGACUUUUCCUACGACGAGCAAGGAGCAUACGAGAUGAGCUUGGCCCGCAACGCUGCGCCCUCGGCGUCCGUCGCAUCAGGCGGGUUUAGCUCUGUGACUGGCGCUGCUCCAAUGUCCAAGGUCAGCGUCGUCUCCGCCCCUGUUUUUGACACUGCCCAGUACGCCGGAUCCUCCCGUGCGCCCGUUGCCAACUCGCUCGACGAGUUUCCUCAGCUCGACAGCGGUGGUGGUCGCAAGGCCGGCGCGGGCCAGCCGAGCGGCUCCUGGGGAGGCUCAUCGACGGCUUUGGCUUCUUCUUCUUCUUCCACUGCGUCUGCUGCUCAGGACAAGAAGCAGCGCAAGGAGCAACGCCGCCAUGAUCGUGUGCUCGAGACCUUUGGCCAGGGCGAGGCGACUCCUGUUGACGCGAACGAUUUUCCCUCGCUGGCCAAGCCGGUCUUUGUGCCGCCGUCCAACUUUGCCGAGCGGAACGCCGCGCUGGCCCAAAGCAUCAAAACCGCUCUGAACAACGACGAGGCCAAGUUUACCGAGUUUAAACAAAUCUCCAUGUCGUUCAAGAAAAACGAAAUCACACCCGCCGAGUACUAUGCCAAGUUUGCCUCGCUGCUUGGUGCGCAAAUGCACAAGAUUUUCCCCGAGCUAGUGGCUCUGCUGCCUGAUCUUGACAAGCAGCAGCAACUGCGCGCGGCUCACCACGACGCGACAGCUGCGCGCCAGUCCAGCAACAACCGUCCUGCCGCAGCGUGGUCUGGUUCGGCCGCAAGCAGCAGUGGCAGUAGUAGCAAAAGUAGCAGCAAUGCCCCGCUGCGCAUUUCCUCUGCCAAGGUGAAGAACACCCCUGCGCCCAUUCACUCGAGCUUUGGUCCUCCGCCAGCGCCGUCCACCAACGCCUGGGGCAAGUAAAAACCAAUCCAAGAUUUGUUUUGAUGUUGGCAUUGGCGCGAAAUGCCAAAAGAUGUACUUUUAUUAAUAGGAUUUGUUUGCAAAGCACUUUCGUGUUAGGUUUUUGAAAUGUCUGAGCAUUUUGGUUGUUGCUGUUACUUUGGCGGCUCUGAUGGUCGCUGGGCCGCUGAUGUCUGCUGCUGCUGCUGCCGUUCCACCAGGUAGCGAUGGUGCUC